GCCUUAUUCAUCUUGAGCAGUGCCUUCCCACCGGCUACACUUUCCUCCACGGCAAAAGAGAAGACUGGGGUCGACAUCAGCACAGCAUUAGCCAAAUUUGCCAUGAACAUCCCAGCCCAUUGGCUUCCUCGAACAAAUUCUGCAGGCUGAAUCGCUCAUUGGCCAACUCUAUAAACAGCCGCACACUAGCCAGUGCAGCAGCAUCUCCCAAGUGCGAGUCCGAGACCGGAUAAGAAAUUCCCCUCGCUCUUCGCUGUGCCUCUCUCUCUACACCUGCCACAUGCACCUCUCGCGCAUACAAAGCUGCUAUACCAGAAACCCUCGGACUCCCCAGCUCCGCGCCCAAUCCGACCUAAAAGGCCAGCGUGCGUCGCAUCAGCCACACUGCCCACGAAAUGCCACGCAACCAUCUGCGAGCCCACUGCCCAGACGUCACACCGAUGGGGCUAGGUCCAGAAGAUGCUACACAUACAACUAUACAGCACAGCCAUAUAGAACUUACGCACGUACAAGGACCUCGGCAUCGUACUGUACGCCAAGCGCUCAGUUGGGGCCUCAGGCGCUGAAUUGGGGCUUCUCCACAAUUUUCCGCUUCGAGAUUUUGAGUUUCGGUCGUGUUCCGUUUCGAGGGGAAAGUGCAGAAUGGCGGAGCGGAUCCGGUCGAAGUAUGCCAGGGCGGAAAAGCGUUAGAAGGAUGAGCGAAGGAAACGGCGGGUGCGGGGAUACUGACGGGUGGGUGCGGAGGAAUCUUCCACCCGUGCCACGACCCCUGCCUCAGCUCCGAAACCCAAUCUCCCACCCGCAGCAGCGGGACCCUACGCCUCUUGGCGCAGUAAACGGUGAGUAUAAAGUAGCCUUCCCCCCAACGAGUGGCCCGCAACCUCGCACCGCAGAUAAGUCAGAAACGACGCGGUCGUACGAUCCCGCGCACUUCCCUCCUCUAUCCUCAAACAAGGCUCCUCGCGGCAAACGCGCAACCCACGAAAACUUCCAAUAAUGCCGAACAUCGCACCGGCUUGCGAGACGUGUCGAGUGCGCCAGACCCGAGCGGUGGGGCUCUCUGGUCUGCAUUACUCAUCCGGCGGAUUCGGUGGUGCAGGAAAAGGGAGCUAGCCGAUACUGAUUUUCCGACUUCCGCUUCCGGACCCAACACUCAAGCUCGUAUCCAUAUGGAAUUUUUCAUACUGAUGAC